GCACUUCAAACCAUUUCUCUCUCUUUUCUUCUCUCAUCAUUUCUAUACGCUUCUUCAACGCUCAGAGAAGGCAAGCUUUGAUAGCGAGAGAAAUAGAAGGAAACUUGUAAUUUUGGCCUGAAAAGUCAUGGCAAAGGAGCAAAUUCAGGUGCUGAAUGCACUUGAUGUGGCAAAAACACAAUGGUACCAUUUCACUGCAAUCGUCAUUGCUGGAAUGGGCUUCUUCACUGAUGCAUAUGAUCUGUUCUGCAUAUCCCUUGUUACAAAGUUGCUUGGCCGCAUUUACUACCACGUUGAUGGCGCAUCAAAGCCCGGUACAUUGCCUCCCAAUGUAGCUGCUGCUGUAAAUGGUGUAGCUUUCUGUGGAACAUUUUCAGGGCAGCUUUUCUUUGGCUGGCUUGGAGAUAAGAUGGGUAGGAAAAAAGUGUAUGGCAUGACUCUGAUGCUGAUGGUAAUAUGCUCCAUUGGUUCUGGCCUUUCAUUUGGACAUAGUCCAAAAUCUGUCAUGGCAACUCUUUGCUUCUUUCGGUUCUGGCUUGGAUUUGGUAUUGGUGGAGACUACCCACUUUCUGCCACCAUAAUGUCAGAAUAUUCUAAUAAGAAGACUCGUGGUGCCUUCAUUGCUGCAGUCUUUGCCAUGCAGGGUUUUGGAAUCUUGGCAGGUGGUAUAUUUGCCAUUAUAAUUUCAGCUGCAUUCAAGGCCAGGUUUGAUUCUCCACCUUAUGAGGUUGAUCCAGUUGGCUCAACUGUUCCACAAGCAGACUACAUUUGGAGAAUAAUUGUGAUGGUGGGGGCACUUCCAGCUGCAUUGACAUACUACUGGCGUAUGAAGAUGCCAGAAACUGCUCGAUAUACAGCUCUAGUUGCCAAGAACAUGGAGCAAGCGGCAGCAGAUAUGUCUAAGGUUAUGCAGGUUGAGAUUCAAUCUGAAACAAGGAAACAAGAGGAGACAAAGGCUAAUUCAUAUGGCUUGUUCUCAAAGCAAUUCCUCCGUCGCCAUGGACUACAUCUACUUGGUACUACAAGUACAUGGUUCUUACUUGAUAUUGCAUUUUAUAGCCAAAACCUUUUUCAAAAGGAUAUCUUUAGUGCAAUUGGUUGGAUCCCUCCUGCAAAAACCAUGAAUGCCCUUGAGGAGGUUUACAAAAUUGCAAGGGCUCAAACACUUAUUGCUUUGUGCAGUACGGUUCCAGGUUACUGGUUUACGGUGGCUUUCAUUGAUAAGAUUGGAAGAUUUGCUAUCCAAUUGAUGGGUUUCUUCUUUAUGACUGUCUUCAUGUUUGCUCUUGCCAUUCCUUAUGACCACUGGACUCAUAGGGAUAACAGGAUAGGAUUUGUAGUGAUGUAUUCCUUGACCUUCUUCUUUGCAAAUUUUGGGCCUAAUGCUACCACAUUUGUUGUCCCAGCUGAGAUUUUUCCUGCAAGAUUCCGAUCCACUUGCCAUGGAAUUUCAUCGGCAGCUGGGAAGCUUGGGGCUAUUGUUGGUUCCUUUGGAUUCUUGUAUUUGGCACAAAACAAGGACAAGAGCAAAGCAGAUGCAGGGUACCCAGCAGGUAUCGGUGUGAAGAAUGCACUAAUUGUGUUGGGUGUGGUUAACGUAUUAGGCUUCUUCUUUACUUUCUUGGUUCCUGAAGCAAAAGGAAAAUCCUUGGAGGAGAUAUCAGGUGAAAACGAUGAGGAAAGAGGAGCUACGGAGGAGUCAGAACAAUCAUAUUCUCACAACAGAACUGUUCCAUAUGUUUAAUCUAUAGUGUUAGUAUGAUAAAGUAGCGUCUUAAACUAGGCUUGGAAGCACAAAAGCUUUCAUUUUCCCUCUAUUUCUGUUAAAUUUGACAAUGUAACAAGAACUAAGGAACAAUUUGUUGUUCCGAAUAUUGGAGAAUGUUAUAGUUACAUUUGAUUCACAACCAUUAGUGGUGCAUUGUAUAGACGUAUAGUAAAUUGAAUAACCAAUUUCACUAUCCAGUGUUAUGCAUAAUUUCUUUAUUUCUUUUUCUUUUUGACUUUUUGAUGAAAACUAUAUUAUUAUACGAGAUAUGUGUAUCACGCAUGAAUGAGUGUUAUCAUAAGUCUUGCAUUACACUAAUAUACAUAUCCGUUAAGGUUCUAUUUUUCUUAUAUGAUAUUUUAUAGAAUAUUUUAAAUUCUCCUUUAUAAUAGUAUGGAGGAAGAUACUUGCAAAGACACUAUAUUAUUUAAUAUUCUAAACUUGACUAUUUUACUUGUAUUUUAUAAUUUUUUUUAUAGAUAUGAUAUCAGGUUUAAUGUGCUUCGUGAUUCAAUCUUGUUUUUAACUUUUUAUUUAAAUAAUUAAUUUUUUUUAUCGAUUAUUAAUCUUUAAUUAUCUUAUUAAUUUAUUUUAAUAUGAUUGGAUGAGUUUCAUCCUUAGGUUAGGCCAAAAGGAUAUAGAUACCUUUUAUUCUAGUACUAGGCUGAAAGAGUAUUUAGAUAUCUUUUUUAUGGUGAUGACUAGGUAAUUUCUUUACGUAUCGUCUGAAUGGGAGAUCUGUUUAUAGUAUUUU